AUGGACCCGAAUAUACAGGAAAUCAUCACUCGGUUCAAACAACUGGAUACAAACUCAGCUCGACGUAUCGUUUACCACCAGAUCAUAGACCAGCUAGGGCCUCAUGAAUGGAGGGACGCGAAGAAGCGCAUCAACGAGCGAUCUUUCCAGAAGGAUAUUCUCGGCUCCCUACCCCUGGAAGUUGCUGUGCAAAUCAUCCAGUUCCUGGGCUUGAACGAUGCAGCCUGCAGUAUUCUAUUUCGCCAGUACACUGGAGGUGCACUCGACGAUAACUUCAAGGCUACGUUUUCGCGCUACUCGCAGCACAGGCUUCGAAUAGAAAAGGGAAUUCCAUUCAGACAGACUCAGGUGGACGUAUCUUUAGCGAGGGAGCAAUCAACGCUCAGCUUUGACUAUUCAGAUGGAAGAUAUGCCUGGUCAACUGAUGAUGACACUACAAUCGUGGUCUAUGAGCUAUGCUCCAAGACGACACGACGCUUUUGCACGGAGAAUCGCGCGAAAUUUAUGAGAUUGCGCGUCUCUGGAGAUAUGGUGGUUGCAAUCACUAUUCGUGGGCAUCUCCAUGCUUGGGAUCUCCAUACGGAAGAAACACACACUGUCCGUCUUCCCAAUACAAAUAUAUCCCAAAUCGUCAUCAGCGGCUUCAGAGUUGCUAUACACCUCAUGAACAACCAGGUGCUCAUGCACCUUGACCUUCAGCCAGGAAACCGAGGGACCCACAACAUUCAACAAGUACAAGACCUAGCACACGUGGGAUUGGAUUCUUCUCCUCGAUUCUUGACAACCGUCUGUCUUGAACAACAUAAAAAUCGUCUACGCGUUGUGAAACAUGAGCUCCAUGAGAACGGGGAAUCCUCGGCAGCACGAUCCUAUACUCUGGAGCUACCACCCGCCGAAGGAUUGGCAUGCCUAGGCUGGGAUUGGCAAUAUAAUUGCAAAAACAUUGGAUUUGUCCAUGGGCGGGAUCAAAUCGACCUCAUCGUGCCAAUAACAUACCAUCCACAAACAGAGCAAGUCUGUGUACACACGCUGCCCGAUCGUCAAAUUGCCCGUCCGCCGUGCAUAGCCAAUGUCGAUAACGGCAUUAUCUACUGGGUCAAAGAUGAUGAUGGCAAACAAAGCAUCUGGAUUUCGAACCCGUACGCUGAUACGCCUCUCUACGCAAGCCAGAAACUUGACUUACCCAGGCCACCGUCAGACGAGGCUUCACUCAUGAUGCAUACUAGUCGUGUGUUGAUAGGUGAUUCUCGGGUUAUUUCCAUUGUCGAUACGUCGGGAACGCUGUUAUCGUCUUUCGUGGAGCAAAUCAGCUAG